AUGACUAGCUCUUUAAAGCGGCUAACUUCAAGUGAUGCUGAGGAUGCUGAGAAGAAGCGAUUCCAAGGCAAUGAUAGUACCCCAACUUCUGUCGCUGUUCUAGUAAGUCUAAUACCAGGAAGAGAAGGCAAAUUUACUAUUCAGGGGAAGCCGGUGACAACUAUCGGGCGUAGUCGGAAUUGCGAUAUUGCCCUAACCGAACCAGAUAUUUCCACGACACAUUGUGAACUCUCUGUUUUGAGCGUUGAAAUUGAUGGUGGUAGCAGACAGAUUGUGAACAUCGUGGAUCGAAGCCGGAACGGAACUUUUGUGAAUGGCAACAGGCUUGUUAAAAAAGACUAUAUCCUACGAAAUGGCGAUAGAAUAGUGUUCGGAAAAAGCUGCUCCUUUUUAUUCAAGUACUUGAUCACCGAGGAAGAAGAGGAAGAAAGGGAUGUAGACGUUUUUGAUGUGCCGUCCGAAGAAAAUAACAGUACCAAAAUCCUGUUCAAAAAGCCGUCAUUAAGUAGCCAUGACGUCCUCAUAAGAAAUACCAUGUCAAUGAGACGACCUACCUUUUUCGACAGAUUCGUGAUAGGAAAGGAAUUGGGGACAGGCCAUUACGCAAUUGUGAAGCAGGCAACUGACAAAGACAGCGGUGAUGUAGUUGCCGUUAAGAUAUUUCAUCCACAACAGAAUGACGACCAGAAAAAGACGAAACAGUUCAGAGAAGAGACGAAGAUCUUAAUGAGCAUACAACAUAAAAAUAUUGUCAAGCUUAUUGAUAGAUUUGUUGAGCCUGUUAGCAAAUCCCAAAUGCAGACGUAUCUGGUUCUGGAAAAGGUGAAUGAUGGUGAGCUGUUUGACAGAAUUGUUAGGAAAACGAAACUUGGACAAGAGGAAACUAAUGCUAUUUUCAGACAGCUCCUUCACGGGUUGAGGUAUCUUCACACCAAAAAUAUCAUUCACCGAGAUAUUAAACCCGAAAACAUACUUUUAAACAUUAGAAGACGAAGAUAUGGAGAGGAAAUACAGCUAGGGCCCUGGGACGAAGACGAAAUCGACAUAACAGUUAAGAUUGCUGAUUUUGGCCUAGCAAAAUUCAUUGGUGAGAUGCAAUUCACGAACACACUGUGCGGAACCCCUUCUUAUGUCGCCCCGGAAGUACUUAAAAAGACUGGUUACACCUCGAAGGUUGAUUUGUGGAGUGCGGGUGUUCUCUUGUACGUGUGUUUAUGUGGGUUUCCUCCUUUCAGUGAGCAGUUGAGCCCGCCCUCCAUGAAGGAGCAGAUUUUGCAGGGAAAAGUUGCCUUCUACUCUCCAUAUUGGGAUGAAAUUGACGAUCAUUGCCUUCACUUGAUAUCGAACUUACUUGUAGCAAAUCCUGCUUUUCGAUUUGACGUCCAAAAUACGAUUGAUCACCCUUGGUUCUCAAAAUCACAUCGAGAAUCAGAGUCGGAAAAAUUGGCACCUCUCCAGCGGCAGGCCGUUGCCCUCGAUAAGAUUCCCAAAACAUAUUCAGAAUUGUCCAGUCUUCAAGGAUGA